AAAAAUAACGGAUAACGGACCGGAGACAGAGGAUGGAAACGGUUGAGCAGCUCGUCUCUUUCCACCACAUUCAGGUCCAGUUGAGCGGGGGCGCGCCUUGGGGGUUCACGCUGAAAGGAGGACUGGAGCACGGCGAGCCGCUCAUCAUCACUAAAAUCGAGGAUGGAGGGAAGGCGGCCCACUGCAAGAAGCUGAAAGUCGGCGACGAGCUCAUUAACAUAAACGGAUCUGCCCUGUACGGCAGCAGACAGGAGGCCCUCAUCCUCAUCAAGGGAUCGUACAGGACGCUGAAGCUCACAGUCAGGAGGUUUCUGACACUAAUCGCCAAUCCCGGCUUUGGCAUUGGGCGGGCCUCUGCUGCACUUUGA